AUGAAGAGCUUGCUCCCACUUCGGAGAUCCCAACGAGCAUUCUAAAGCCCCGAAGCUCCCCCGCCCGAACCCACGACGAAGCCCACAUCAUCGUCUUCUUCUGUGGCCAUGGCGGUUCCGGCGGCCGUAGUAGUGGUUCCUCUCGGUGUUCUCUUUCUCCUUUCGGGUUUGAUCGUGAAUUUCAUUCAGGCAACCUGUUAUGUUGCGGUACGACCGAUAUCAAAGAGUACUUACAGGAGGAUCAACAGGGUGUUGGCUGAAUUGCUUUGGCUUCAGCUUGUUUGGCUUGUUGAUUGGUGGGCAGGAGUCGAGAUUCGGUUAUAUGCAGACUCUGAAUCCUUUGAAUCCUUGGGCAAAGAGCAUGCUCUUGUAGUCUCUAAUCAUAGAAGUGACAUUGAUUGGUUAGUUGGAUGGAUUUUAGCGCAGCGUUCAGGUUGCCUUGGUAGCACAUUAGCUGUCAUGAAGAAAUCAUCUAAGUUCCUUCCGGUUAUUGGUUGGUCAAUGUGGUUUACUGAAUAUCUCUUUUUGGAGAGAAGUUGGGCCAAGGAUGAAGAUACGUUGAAGUCAGGUCUCCAAAGAUUGAAGGACUUCCCUCAGCCGUUUUGGCUGGCACUUUUUGUUGAAGGUACCCGUUUCACGCCUGCUAAACUUCUGGCAGCUCAAGAAUAUGCAGCUUCACAGGGUUUACCCGUUCCAAAAAACGUGUUGAUUCCCCGCACUAAGGGAUUUGUUUCAGCUGUAAAUAAUAUGCGAUCGUUUGUUCCUGCCAUUUAUGAUAUGACUGUAGCAAUUCCUAAAGAUAAGCCCUCCCCAACAAUGCUCAGAAUUUUGAAACACCAGCCUUGUCAGAUUCAUGUUCACAUGAAGCGACGCCCUAUGAAUGAAGUGCCUGAGACAGAUGAAGCAAUAGCUCAGUGGUGCAGAGACAUGUUCAUGGCAAAGGAUUCUUUACUGGAUAAACACCUAGCUCAAGGCACUUUUGGUGAAGAAGAUUAUAAACCCAUUGGCCGUCCUCUGAAGUCUUUGCUGGUGGUUAUUUCUUGGGCGAGUCUGCUAUCGAUUGCUUCCUACAGGUUCUUCAUAUGGUCAGCAUUGAUGUCAACAUGGAAAGGAGUAGCUUUUACAACUCUAUCUCUGUUUCUGGUCACUGCUUGCAUGCACGCAUUUAUUUUGUUUUCUCAGGCCGAGCGGUCCACAUCUGCCAAAGCUGCACAGGCCAGAGUUAAGAAAUCAUAGGUGGUUCAAUAUGAUUUCCCAAAUCAAGACAGUAUUUCUUUUAUCUACUUAUUAUUUCAAUUAAUAAACCGUUUGAUGUUGUUGUUUUUCUGUUUCCUUAGUUCUAAUAUUGGAUUUUAGGAGCAAAGCACAGUACAUAUGUAUACACAUUCGCACAUGAACACAUCAUACUCUCUGUAGGGCAGUAAAUUUACUCUUUAUUUGUUCAGCAGCUUUUUGAUGAGGAUUGCUUGUUUCCAACUUUUCAAUGCCCUAGAAUUCUAUAAAAGCUGGUACCUCUUUCCCUUUCCCAUU